GACGUCACGCGACAGGAAGAGGUGCGAAAGAGAGAGAGAGAGAGAGAGAGAGAGAGAGAAAAAAACCCAAAGAUGGCGGCGGGUUCGGAUUACGGGCUGAAGAAAAUAGUUUGGAAAAGAAUAAAAGAAACCAUCAUCGCAGACUGCAGGAAGUCGGACGUGUGGAAGAUAUUGAUUCUGGACCCUUUCACCACCAAGCUGCUCUCAUCAUGCUGCAAAAUGUCCGAUCUGAUGUCAGAGAAAAUAACAAUUGUGGAGGACCUUUACAAAAUCAGAGAGCCUGUUCCAGAAAUGAAGGCCAUCUACUUCAUGCCACCAACCGCUAAGUGUGUGGAUGCCUUUAUUGCGGACUUCAAGACCAAACCCAAGUAUAAAUCAGCUUGUGUUUAUUUCACAGACUACUGUCCCGAUGAACUGUUCAACAAAAUGAAGCUGUACUGUGCAAAGUACAUACGAGUCUGCAAGGAAAUCAACAUGUCGUUCAUGCCGCAAGAGGCGCAAGUGUUCACGUGUGACAAUCCCGGAGCUUUCCAAAGCAUCUACAGUCCAAACAGUCAGGACAAAAAGAAGACACUGGAGACACUCGCCGACCAGCUCGUCACACUCUGUGCCACGUUGGAUGAGUAUCCAGGAAUCAGAUACAAGAAAGACGCCAACAUGGAGAACGCAAAGACUCUCGCAGAGCUGGUGGACAACAAGCUGGCCCAACACUACGAGCUGGACGACAGUGGCAAGAAAAAGGGAAAGACCCAGGCCCAGCUGCUGAUCGUGGAAAGAGGUUUUGACCCAGUCAGCCCCAUCCUACACGAGCUCACCUACCAGGCCAUGGCCUACGACCUCAUUGAUAUCCAGAAAGACACCUACAAGUACAAGUCUACAGAUGGCACGGAGAAGCAGGCGCUGCUGAACGAGGACGACAUGCUCUGGGUGAAGCUGAGGCACAAGCACAUUGCUGAGGUCUCGGAACAAAUCCCGAAGAUGGUAAAGGAAAUAUCUGCCAGCAAGAAACAACCAGAUGGGAAGAUCACAAUUAGCAAUUUGGCCCAAAUGAUGAAGAAGAUGCCUGCGUUUCGUAAACAGCUCACUGAGCAAACUGUUCACCUGCAGCUGGCCGAGGAAUGCAUGAAACACUUCUCAAACAACGUGGAGAAACUCUGCAAAGCCGAACAGGAUCUUGCGGUGGGGUCGGACGUGGACGGGAUGAAGGUGAAGGAUCAGAUGAGGACCCUGCUGCCCGUGCUGCUCCACCCGUACAGCACCCACGAGAAGGUCCGAGCCGUGCUGCUCUACAUCUUCAGCCUUAACGGAACAACAGACGAGAACUUGAACAAACUCAUCCAACAUGUCAAGAUCGAGGACGAGCGAGAGUUUAUCCUGAACUGGAAAGAACUGGGCGUUCCCAUCAUCACAACGCCGAGUCUCUUCUCUCGCAAACCCAGCAGACGGGAUCGGUCCCAGGAUCAGACGUACAACCUUUCCAGAUGGACUCCCGUCAUAAAAGAUGUGAUGGAGGAUGCCGUGGAGAACAAACUGGACACCAAAGACUGGCCACACCAGUCCGAAUCUCCUGCUGCCUGGAAUGGCUCCGGGGCCGUGAGUGCCCGUCAGAAGCACAAAGCCAGCUCUCAGGACGAACGGCGGAGCGGCUCGCGCCUCAUCAUCUUCAUCAUCGGAGGAAUCAGCUUCUCUGAGAUGCGCUCUGCCUACGAGGUCACCCAGGCCGUCAAGUCUUGCGAGGUCAUCAUAGGGUCUUCCCACCUUUUGACCCCCACCAGUCUCCUGGAUGACAUCAAGGCCCUGAGCAAGCGUCCCAUGGAGACGUUCACAAUAGAGGAGAGGAGCAACGCCUGAGAGGUCUUCCCCCCCUACAUCUCGUAUCACUCAGCACAAUGCACUCAACUCCUCUUCCUGAAUGAAGGACCGAAGGGAAUUUUUCCAUACACUUAUCUUUAUCAUGUUUUCAUCCUUGUUUAAAACCUUGUGCACAUUCACAGUUAGGCGUGAGGACGAAUUCUCUCUUCUCGGCAGAUUGCCUCAAUUUAAAAAAGCUUUGGCUGUAAGACCGGUGGUCUGUUUGUGGCGUUCAUACAAAGCUUGAUGUUGACAUUUGAUGAUUUAGAUUAUAUUAAGUACAUCUUACUGAGAGACUAACCUGCCUGUGUGUUUGCCCUUUGUCAAUAGAAAAAAAAAGUAAUGUUACGUGUUGAAAGAUCCGAGCAGCUUCCGGAGACCGAUUGGUCGUAGGAAGAGAAGCACAAAGUCGAUGUAUAUAAUGUAUGUAAGCACUGAGUCCCUUUAACACCAGUUCACUGCUGUUUAUAAACACUUAAUAUAAUUCUCAAGAAUGUUUUUAACAUAGAAUCUUUAGUUUUUUGUUUUGUUUUUUCAUGAAUUGAACAACUGACUAAUAAAAGGAUGAAGUGGUUCAAAUGUU